AUGCAGUUUCUCACGAACCUCGCCCUUGCGGCCCUCGCGAUCCUCCCCGUCUUUGGCAGCCCCGUCCCCUCGGUGCCCAAGGCCGGCGACAUUGUCCCAGACUCGUACAUUGUGGUUCUCAACGAGGGUGUCUCUGAUGCCGCCUUCCAGGCCCACACCAGCUGGGCUUCGAGCGUCAACGCUGCGUCCAUGAAGAAGCGUGGACUCGAGCCCCGCGCCGAGACCUUUGACUACACCUACACUCUGGGGAGCUUAAAGGGCUACGCCGGUACCUUUGACAAGGAGACCAUCGACCAGAUUGCCACUCGCUCCGAGGUGGCCUACAUCGAGCCCAACGCGGUCGUCGUUGCCAGUGCCAUUACCACCCAGUCUCCCAUCUCCUCGUGGGGUCUUGGCUCCGUCUCGCACAAGUCCGGCACCGGCUCCAACUACAUCUAUGAUAGCAGCGCAGGCUCCGGCGUCUAUGCCUACGUCGUCGACACCGGUGUCCUGACCACCCACAACGACUUUGGUGGCCGCGCCGUCUGGGGCUACAACGCCGUCUCCGGAUCCAGCAACACCGACGCCAACGGCCACGGAACCCACGUCGCUGGAACCAUUGCCGGCACCACCUAUGGAAUCGCAAAGAAGGCCACCAUCAUUGCCGUCAAGGUCCUUGGAGACGACGGUUCCGGCACCAACGCCGGUGUCAUUGCCGGCAUCAACUGGGUCGCCUCCAACGCCCAGAGCAACGGAAGAACCACAAAGUCCGUCGCCAACAUGAGUCUCGGAGGCUCCUACUCUGCCGCCGUCAACAGCGCCGUCAACAACGCCGUCGCCGCAGGAAUCACCUUUGCCGUCGCCGCCGGAAACGACAACGCCAACGCCGCAAACUACUCCCCCGCCUCCGCUGCCAGCGCGCUCACUGUCGGCGCCAUCACCUCGUCCCUCGUCCGUGCCUCGUACAGCAACUACGGUUCUGCCCUCGACAUCUUUGCCCCCGGCUCCAGCAUCACCUCCACCUGGAUUGGCAGCAACUCGGCCACCAACACCAUCUCGGGCACCUCCAUGGCCUCUCCCCACGUUGCCGGGGUCGCCGCGUACCUGAUUGGCCUCGAGGGCCUGUCCACCCCCGCCGCCGUCCGCGCCCGCAUCAUCGCCCUUGCAGGAUCGGGACUCGUUACCAGCCCCGGCACGGGCAGCCCCAACUACCUCCUCUACAAUGGAAACGGUGCGUAA